UGGCGACAUUCCGCACGCACGGAACUGAAAUGUUAACAUGGUGAUCCGUGCGGUAAACCCGACGAGUCGCGCCCCGUGGAGGUGCUUUCGUAUUGCGAUCGACGCGGUGAAGAAGGUCUAUUGACGCGCAUAAAGCGCGCGUUACCUCACGCUACGUAAAAGUGCGACAGAAACGUUUCUUCUUUUUCACGCCACGAUGUCGGUAAGUUACGCCAGGAUGAAGUCGUGUUGCGAGGCGUCGUUAACAUCGACAGAAACGACGACGACAACAACGACGUCCUCGUCCUUGUCUUCGUCGAGCAACCUACCCAGACGAGCCGGCGACGAAGAUGACUGGGAGAUGCAACUGGCGUUUCGCAAACCCCGUCACAAUGCCACGUUCGAAAGCGUGAAUUGCAUCAGUCAAACUUGGAGAAUGAAAGAGCGGAUGAAGACUGUGAGCGUUGCUCUGGUGCUGUGCCUGAACGUCGGUGUCGAUCCGCCGGACAUUGUCAAGACGCAACCGUGCGCACGGUUGGAAUGUUGGAUAGACCCUUUAUCAGUGAGUCCUCAGAAAGCUCUGGAAACUAUAGGCUCAAAUUUGCAAAAGCAAUAUGAACGAUGGCAACCCAGAGCUCGCUACAAGCAGAGUUUAGAUCCGACUGUAGAAGAAGUUAAGAAAUUGUGCACAUCGUUAAGACGAAAUGCUAAAGAAGAAAGAGUUUUGUUUCAUUACAAUGGUCAUGGUGUGCCCAAACCCACUACCAAUGGAGAAAUAUGGGUAUUUAAUAGGACUUACACACAAUACAUUCCAUUGUCAGUUUAUGACUUGCAAACUUGGAUGGGUGCUCCUAGUAUUUAUGUAUAUGAUUGUUCCAAUGCUGGAAUUAUUGUGGAAUCUUUUCAGCAAUUUGCUGAUCAGCACGAGAAGGAAUAUGAGAUGGAAAAGCAACAAAGUCGCGCUACCGGUGUAGCAUGUCCCGCGGCUCCAUAUUACAGGAACUGUAUUCAAUUGGCAGCAUGUGCCGCUAAUCAGAUUUUACCUAUGAACCCAAAUUUACCUGCCGAUAUAUUUACAUCGUGUCUUACCACACCCAUAAAAAUUGCAAUACGCUGGUUUGCCAUGCAGCCUACGGCUAAAUUAGUACCCAAUAUAUCACUUGAUCUUAUUGACAAAAUUCCUGGACAAUUAACCGAUAGAAGAACAAUGUUAGGUGAGCUUAAUUGGAUUUUUACCGCUAUCACUGAUACGAUAGCGUGGAAUACUCUACCAAGAGAUCUAUUUCAAAGAUUGUUCAGACAAGAUCUACUGGUUGCCAGUCUCUUUAGAAAUUUCCUUCUAGCAGAGAGAAUACUCCGUUCUUACGAUUGCACGCCGAUCUCUUCCCCAAAAUUACCGCCGACUUAUCAGCAUCGUAUGUGGCUAGCCUGGGACAUGGCUCUUGAUUUGUGUUUGGCACAAUUGCCAACUGUUCUGGAAAAUGAAGAUCGAUACGUGCAUUCGUCAUUUUUCGAAGAUCAGCUUACGGCUUUCCAAGUGUGGCUCAACAUAGGAUCGAGAGCACGCAGUCCACCCGAACAACUUCCGAUCGUUCUUCAAGUGUUACUGAGUCAAGUUCACAGAUUGAGAGCGUUAGAAUUGUUAGGACGCUUUCUCGACUUGGGCUCGUGGGCCGUAAAUCUGGCACUUAGUGUCGGUAUCUUUCCAUAUGUUUUAAAGUUAUUACAAAGCAACGCCAAAGAGCUUCGACCACUGCUUGUUUUUAUAUGGGCAAAAAUUUUAGCGGUAGAUAAUACUUGCCAAGCAGACCUUGUGCGCGAUGGCGGACAUAAAUAUUUCUUAUCUGUACUUCAAGAUACCUCUAUUCCGAGCGAGCAUAGAACGUUAGCUGCAUUUGUAUUGGCCAGUAUUGUAAAUGACUAUCGCCCCGGUCAAGUAGCCGCAAAUCAGGGCAAUCUUGUUUCUAUAUGCCUGGAGCAAUUGUGCGACACAAACUCUUUGCUACGACAGUGGCUUUGCUUGUGUCUGGCGCGGCUUUGGCAUAACUUCGACAAGGCAAGAUGGUGUGGUGUUCGAGAUAUUGCCCAUGAAAAGCUAUUUACAUUAUUAAAGGAUCCCGUACCAGAGGUCCGGGCAGCUAGCGUGUACGCAUUGGGCACAUUUAUAAACAGCGUUACAACGAGAAGCGAACAUGCCAAUAAUAUUGAUCAGAUUAUUGCUAUGACGCUUAUCAAUACCGUUUCUUAUGACAUGUGUCCGUUAGUUAGAAAAGAAUUAGUAGUAGCUCUUCAAUGGAUGGUGCUGCAUUUCGAAAAUUCCUUCGUGACACUAGCUAUAGCCGAGGAAAACAGUCGGAAAGAUCUCAUUGUAGAAACUUUAUCUCCAUUUAGCGGCAUGAGACGCAUCAACUCGCGCGACAGAUUGAAGAUGUUGUCUCCCAACAAUACAUACACCGUGGAAACGACCGACGGAUUCGGACCGCAAGAUCGCAUCAAAAGGGUAUCGUCUUCGUCAUCCAUUAGCAGUUUAGGUAAUAAUUGGGAGUUCGUGAGGAAACCUUGCGAGUCACUUGGUCACAAUUCUCUGGGAAAUUUACCGAGUCUUUCCUAUGGUAGUGUAUACAUGAAAUUGUGGCAUGGACUAUGCAAUCUUGACAACGAUCCUCAUCCGGCAGUGAGCGCUAUGUCACAGAAAAUUACCAAUCAUAUUCGUAAUAAGAUGAAGAUAUCUUCAGCAUCUAAAGAAGUAAUCGAGACAAAAAUCUCUUCGUCACUGUCUCUCCCACCGUCUCCAUCAAAUCGAACUGGUUAUUUAAGCAACAGUAAAGGAGAGUCACCACCACCUGCUGUCAAUUCCGGAACAGAUUUGUUGCGUUCCUCAAGAGUUUUGCCGCAUGGUCGUACGAGGAAACUCGUUCCCAACACGAUAUCUGAGGAAGCGGAUGAAGUGCCUGGAGCCAAAACUCCAUUGACUGUCUCUCAGUUUGUCGAAUGGAGUUGUGCGCAAUUUGCUCAACCUGCUAAUUCGGAAGAUGAGAUGAACGACGUAGAAAGCAGACCGUAUCUCGAGCGAGAAUGGCGAUUUAUACGCAACGUGAAGCAGAGGCAAGAUGCGAAGGAGGAACAAUUACGCGCGCCCUUAAACAAGAUGGAAUCACAAGUAUAUCAUGCAAGAUGUCCUUACUCGCCUCAAAUUCUGAUGUUUCAUCCAUUUGAGCCGCAUUUGGCCGUGGCGUUGAAGGAUUAUUUCGGAGUAUGGGACUACCAGAAUGGCCAGAAGUUAACUUACUACGCAAGUCGCGGAAAUAAAGUAAAAUCGCUCAUUACAGCGCUGGAAUUUAUCAACUCUCACGACUUGAGCUUACUGAUGGCUGCCUCCGACGACGGUUCCGUGCGAGUGUGGAAGAAUUACAACGACAUUAUAGGUCGCGAUCCAGUUUUGCUCACAGCCUGGCAAGCACUGGCAGACGUGCAGCCCGCAACUAAAACUUCUAGCGCGGCAACACGAGUGGUUACCAAGUGGGAACAAAAAUCGCUUACUCUAGCGGUAACAGGCGACGUUCGUAUCGUGAGACUCUGGGACGCGGAGACCGAAUUGAAGAAGCAAGAUAUACCAACUGGAGCUGAUUGUUGUACUACUUCUAUUGAUCUCGACGGAACAGGUGCGCUAAUGGUACUAGGCUGUGGCGACGGAUCGGUUCGAUUGUUGGACCGAAGGUUACCUCCUGCAGAAGCGAGAGUUAUGAUUUGGAGAGAACAUAGUUCUUGGGUAUUGGGGACAUUUCUAAGGAAGUCCGAGGAAUCUACGCCGCAAUUGUUUACUGGAUCUUCCUCAGGCGACAUAAAGAUAUUCGACCUCAGACAAAAUUCUUCUGUGAACACAAUUCAAAUAACACCGGGCAUGGUGGCAUUAACAGUGCACGAAAGAGCUGACAUUUUUGCCUGCGGCACCACCAAUCACUGCAUCAGCAUUUUUAACAUAGCCGGUCAGCAUCUCAACACAAUAAAAUUCCAUGAAGGUUUUAUGGGUACGCGCCUCAGUCCCGUGAGUUGUCUCAGUUUUCAUCCGUAUCGUGUAAACAUGGCAGCCGGUUUUGUGGACAGUACUUUCUCGGUUUAUGAACAACGCAGGUGACUACUAGAGAUGGAACUUGUGUAAGAUCUUUGUAGAAUUUUAUAGAUUUAUAUAAAAGCGCUUGAUAGUAUUGUGCGUUGCAAUACAAUUGACAAAAAAUUAAGCCUGUAGACCUCCGCGUUUUUCGCGAAAUUCAUUGUUUUCUACGACAAAGUGAAUACUUUUAUUUUUCUUCGAUUUCUCAUCGCUUAAAAAAACAAAAAAAAAAAAACAAAAAAAUGGUCUUGCCUGUUAAAGUUUCUUUUUUUGCGCAAGGUAUGCAACAUGGUUCUAGCUCUUUUGUGAUAAAAUUGUGCAUUGCAAGUGAGCGGAUUUACCAAAAUACACACUUUGAAGUGACCAAAGAACAGUCUAAAGAUUACUUUGAUCUUGAUCUUUAACAAGUAUAUUAAAAAAAAAAACGAGACUGUUAAAGAAGUUCCCGGUAAAAUAUAUUAAUGCAUAAUAGAGCGUAAAUGCAUUGUGAUAAAACGUUAAGUAAGUUCGUGUACGCAAGAGUGACUGUGAAAGAGAGAGAGAGGGAGAGAGUGACAUUUAACGAUUGUUGUUUUACUACUACAAUCUAUGCGACAAAGUAAUCUCAACUAUUUUUUCGUGCCAUGCAAUAUCUACUUCUGGAUUUAAGCUGUAUAUAACUCCGUAUACAGUUUUUUUUUUUUUUUAUGUAAACGGAUAUAUUUUAAUUAAUUGAAAUGUACAUAGCUCGAAUCGAUAUAAGAACGUGUAUGGACAUACAGCUCGCAAUAUGUGUGCAUUUUUUAUACACUACACGGGAGAGAAAGUUGACAGAGUGCUAGAUUUCACGUUUAGGUCAAUAUUUACUUCUCCAGAGAUAAUUUUAUCUGUCUGAUUUUUGUUAAAUAUAAUCUUUCCGUCGUCCUGUUCCUGACCAAUGUAGAUGACUCACCAAUGGUGUGGUCGUUACUGAUAUCGUACAAACUGCGCAUAAGUACAAUUUUGUAUAAAUAGCAAAAUGAUUCAACGAACCGUAUUUGUUACAUUAGAGGCGUUUAAGUGGCAAUAUUAUAAUCGAGAGAUACGUUUGCGUGUGCAAUAUUCAUGAUGAGUUAUAAGUAAUGACAUAGUUACAAACAAAAAAUACUGCCGAGUUUUUCCAUUUCUCACUUCACAUCGAUUCCCGCUUCUCACGUUUCUCCUUUCGUGUUGCGCGUAUAUUAACGCAUGCGUGCACAGAAUGACCUGUGCUUAUGCGCAGUCCAGUUUCCGCACGCAUAAAACUAUUGUUUAAUCGAGAAGUGCAGGAGAAAUGUGAACAAUGAGGGUUAAUGGAUCUCCCCGGCGGGGAGAAAUAGAGGGAACCCACACCGCGCUGCGUAACUAAUUAUUUCCAAACACGGAACUGACCAAGCGAGAAAACUGCGUUUAUUUUAGAAAAAAACAGAUUCAAUUUACGUCGCAACGAAGCAUGAGAGUAAUAGUUAAGGUGGUUUUUACUAAUUUUCAACUCAGAUAGUCCAGCCAUGUGUUAGAGCAUUAGCGUCUGUUACACAAAUUGCGCGAAAUAUCUAUUGUGACUUUUUAUCACACUCUUCUGCACGUCUAACGACGAAACACAAUCCUAGCGGAAUAUCAAUAUAGUAGAAUUAACUCCAAACUGGAGAGUUAGACUAAAUUUUAUUAGUUCAACUCUUUAGUUCAGUAGAAUUACGCUUGCGAUAUCAACUGAGUUAUGGAUUAAUGACAAAGGUGUUUAUACACAUUAGAACUUAUUUAAAUUAUCGGAGAAAUGGAGAGGGGAAAGGGAAGAAAAAAAGUUAUAUAUCACGAUUUGUUUAUCUUCGUCUCGUUCCGUUUGCGGUCGCUGUCGUGUGUGACAAUUCGCCGAUAUUUAUAACGACGGAGAGCAAUGUAGCUUCUUUAUGGUGCAUAACACGUACAAGACAAGGAUUGCAUAAAAACAAAACAAAACAAAAAAAAAUAUUGACGACACACAAUCGAGGAACAGUUUAAUUUCUCGUAACAAUUUAGACACUUCAUUGUAAAUAUGUAAUAUACAAAAAAAAAAA